AUGGAAAAUAUCAUCAAAUCUGCAAUUGGUAAGAAAACUGAAGGACUUGAUAUAGAUCAAUUGAAAGAAUGCCUACGCAAAGAAAUAAUUAAUGGGAAAAAAUAUUUCCUAGUUUUGGAUGAUAUAUGGAAUGAAAAUUCCAUUAUGUGGGACAAAUUAAAAACUUUAUUAAUGGAUGGUGAAAGAGGAAGUAAGAUAUUGGUAACUACACGUAGUGAGCAGGUUGCUAGGAUUACUAGCACACUUAACUCUUAUGUCUAUCCCUUGAAAGUGCUAGAUGAAAACAAGUCUUGGUCUUUGUUUACGCAGAUAGCCUUUGUAGAUGGGAUAAAGCCAAAAGAUUCAAAACUAGUAGAGUUUGGAAAAGAGAUUGUGGCAAAGUGUGGAGGAGUUCCACUUGUUAUAAUGAUAGUAGGACACUUACUUCAUGGCAUUAAUGAGGAAGAUGAUUGGUUGCAUUUCAAGGACAAUGAAAUGUCAAAGGUGAUUGAAAAAGAAAGUGAUAUUUUACCAAUACUCAAGCUUAGUUAUGAUUAUCUCCCCUCGCAUUUGAAACAGUGUCUCGCUUCUUGUGCAUUGUUUCCCAAAGAUUAUAAGAUUAAGAAGCAAAAGUUGAUUUAUCUUUGGAUGGCACAAGGGUUUCUUCAAGCAUUAGAUAAGAAUGAAUGUCUUGAAGAAGUUGGUAAUAAGUAUUUUACGACUUUACUUUUGAUGUCAUUUUUCCAAGACCCAAAAUAUGAUGAAUGGGACAAUGUAGUUGCAUGUAAGAUGCAUGAUCUUUUGCAUGAACUUGCAAAAUUAGUUGCAAGAACUGAAUGCACCUUCACAACUAUAGGCACGGUUCAAAGUGUGGAUGAUAAAUGUCGUCAUGUGUCACUUGAUUGUGGGGACGUAAAAAGUUCAUGGAAAUUUCCAAUUGCAUUAUAUAGUGCCAAAAAUAUAAGAAGUUUACUUUAUUUUAUCGAUCAAAUUGGAGAUUUGACUUGGAUGGUGGUUAUGAAAUUUUUUCAAGUUAUAGGUACUGAAGUGCAAAGAACAGAGCCUGAAACCUAUGAGGAAGCCAUGAAUUCAAGGGAAAGGAACAAUUGGAAAGCUGCCAUGGAAGCAAAAAUGAAAUCCUUAGAGGAAGUUAUCACUGCCAAGGAACCUCCUAGGUACAAGGCUGGGUUAGUAGCUAAGGGCCUUACCCAAAGGGAGGGAAUAGACUUCAAUGAAGUCUUUUCCCUAGUAGUUAAGUACAAAACUAAAAGAUUAAUGUUGUCCAUAGUAGCCCACCAAGAUUUAGAGCUUGAACAGUUUGAUGUCACAACUACUUUCUUACAUGGAGACCUUGAGGAAGAGAUCUACAUGAGCCAACCAGUAGGAUUCAUAGAUCAAAAGGCUCCCAACAAGUAUUGUAAAAGGACUACUUCACUUGAGUUGGCUGGUUUUGUAGAUUUAGACUUUGCAAGUGACAGGGAUACUAGAAAGUCAACUACAGCAUACUACUUCACCCUAGGUGGAAACUGCAUCAAUUGGAAGUCACAGCUGCAGCCCAUUGUUGCACUGUCAUCAACCGAAGCUGAAUACGUGGCUGUAGUUGAUGUAUUUAAAGAGGCAAUCUGGCUUAAAGGGAUCCUAAGUGAAGCUAAUCUGACAGACCAAAAUCCAACAAUAUUCUCAGAUAGUCAAAGCACAAUCCACCUAAGCAAAAAUUCGGUGUAUCAUGAAUGGACCAAACACAUAGAUGUACGCUACCAUUUUGUGAAGGACCUGGUCACCAGAGAGGAAAUAGCUUUAAACAAGGUUCCUAUAGAACAUAACCCAGCUAACAUGGGCAUGAAGAUUGUUACCCUUGCAAAGUUCAAGCAUUGCUUGGACCUACUAUUCAUUAAGUAG